AUGCAGUUUCAACCGAGCCGCCUUUCACGAUGGGUUACUUUGUCAUCACGCCUAGUCUGCUCUACAUAAUUGGGUCAAUUUUAGCAUCAGUUGACUGUCAACUGAGGGUGAAAGUCAUCCGGCCCGAGUCCGUUGUGGCGGAAACGAGAUUCAACUGGAGUAGUAUUCAGCAAAAAAAUUCUUUCCCGACGGAGACUUUACGUUUCUACCAAUAUGCCCAACUGCCUGCACAACAAAACGCACGUCAGCCCAUCUGUGACCAGCGGUGUGGCUUACCAUACGAACGAGCAGCUCCUUCACGGGUCAUGGGAGGAACAUCGACUAGGCCAAACCAAUUUCCCUGGAUGGUUCAGCUGUUGAUCGUCAUUGCGGAUUUUUUUAAACAAAAACAAGUUACAUGCGGUGCGACUUUAAUCAAACAGCAGUACUUGCUAACAGCCGCACACUGCAUUUACUACAGGAAAAUCAUAUCGAUUACGGCGUUUUUGGGUUACCACUACUUGAACAUUGAACGUUUCGACAAAACUGGUUAUGAAGUGAUAAUUCCGGUAACGCAAGCCUUCGUCCAUGACGAUUUUGACCUUACUUCAAUGCAACAUGAUAUCGCUAUCUUAGAACUGGCGAAACCAGUUCGUUUUACGGACCAGGUGCACACUAUUUGUCUGGCUGAAAAUGAGCCAGCAUCGACUGUCACCAAUGCAACGGUGGCCGGAUGGGGAUCUACCGAAGCCUUUGGCACGACAUUUUUUCCGCAGUUGCUCUUAUCAGCUACGGUACCCCUAAUGAAGCUGCCUCAAUGUAAAUUAGCAUUGAUGGGAAUGGGCAAACUGCUCAACGAACAAUCCGUUUGUGCGGGAGGAACAAUGAAGGAUGCCUGCCAGGGUGACAGCGGUGGACCCUUGAUGGUGACAGAAAAUUCUUUCAAUUCACGCACCAGCAGGUACAAUCAGAUCGGGAUAGUGUCGUGGGGUUUGGGAUGUGCUCAACCAAACAUACCAGGAAUUUACUCUAGUACACGGCAUCACUUACCGUGGAUUCAACAAGUUACAAGGAAAGAUGUUUGCCGACCUGUUUCUCCCAAUCCCUCGAAUUAACAAAUAACAAUCAGAAACACUGAUGUACUGUUAACGUUUUACAGAACACAUACAAAUGAAAACAUUUUCUUUUUAA